CACCAAAAAUUGUGAGCUGCUGUAGAGACUAAACUAAUUAAAAUGGACAAGGCUAAUGAUCAUUUUAUAUUUACAUCUGAAAGUGUUGGUGAAGGUCACCCAGACAAGAUGUGUGACCAAAUAUCUGAUGCUAUUUUAGAUGCUUGUCUGAAGCAAGAUCCAUUGAGCAAAGUUGCUUGUGAAACUGCUACAAAGACUGGAAUGAUUCUCGUUUUUGGAGAAAUAACUACAAAGGCUAUUUUAGACUACCAAACCAUCAUUCGGGAUACAAUCAAAAAGAUUGGUUACAAUGACUCAAAUAUAGGAUUUGAUUAUAAAACUUGCAAUGUCCUUGUUGCUAUUGAGCAGCAAAGUCCAGAUAUUGCUCAAGGUGUGCAUGAAGGUCGAAAAGACGAAGACGUUGGUGCUGGAGAUCAGGGAAUGAUGGUUGGAUAUGCCACAAAUGAAACACCUGAGCACAUGCCAGUGACUGUUGUUUGGUCCCAUAACUUAAACAAGAAACUAGCUGAAUGUAGGAGGAAUGGGACUUUGCCCUGGAUUAGGCCAGAUUCUAAGGCUCAGGUGACAGUUGAAUAUGUCAUAGAGGAUGGUGCUUGUGUACCUCUUAGAGUGCAUACAAUUGUUAUCAGUGUCCAACACUCAGAAGAUGUUACUAAUGAAGAGAUGAGAAAAGACCUGAAAGAUGUUGUUGUCAAAAGUGUCAUACCUGAAAAAUACCUGGAUGACAAUACUAUAUAUCAUUUGCAAAGCUCUGGAGCUUUUGUCAUUGGUGGUCCACAAGGAGACGCUGGUUUGACUGGCCGAAAGAUUAUUGUUGAUACAUAUGGAGGAUGGGGAGGUCAUGGAGGUGGUGCUUUCUCUGGAAAAGACCCUACAAAGGUUGAUCGUUCAGGUGCUUAUGCUGCUCGUUGGGUUGCUAAGUCUAUUGUAGCAUCAGAUUUAGCUAAAAGGGUCAUUGUUCAAGUCUCAUAUGCUAUAGGGGUUAGUAAACCUCUAUCAAUUUUUGUGGAUACAUAUGGAACUGGUGUCAAAAGUAACCAAGAAAUUCUUGAAAUAAUAAACAAAAACUUUGAUCUUCGACCAGGAGCGAUCAUAAAGGAACUUGACUUAUUAAGCCCAAUUUAUCAGCAAACAGCAGCCUAUGGUCAUUUUGGUCGUGAAGAAUUUCCGUGGGAAAAGCCAAAAAAGCUCACUUUUUAAAUUUGCAUAAUGUGCAGUGUGUCUGCAUGUACAUGCAUAACUUUUUGCCAUGCACUUAGCUAGAACUUGCUAAACUCAGUAGAUAGACUAUAGUGUGAUUUAUAUUUUAUUAAAAUAACUGUGUGUCUGAGUAUGUAGAUGAUUUUAACCAU